AUGAAAGCAGUGAUGAGGUUUGGGAAAAGAGGCAAGUUUAGUCCUCGCUACAUUGGUCCAUUUGAGAUAUUGGAUAGAAUAUGUGCAGUUACUUACCGCUUGGCAUUGCCGUCUGAGUUGUCUAUGAUUCAUCCAGUCUUUCACGUAUCAAUGUUGCACAAAUACCUUUCUGACCCAUCUCAUGUGCUCGCACCACAAGCCAUAGAGCUAAAGGAGGAUUUAUCUUUUGAAGAGGAACCAGUGGCUAUAGUUGAUCGCCAAGUGAAAAAACUACGUUGUAAAGAGAUACCAUCUGUGAAAGUUUUUUAG